GGCAGAGAACAGGUACUUCUCUCGCAGCAGUGACAGCUACAGCUUACCAAGAGUGAUCACCUUGAAGGUUUCAGACAUCUAUGUCUCUGCUCCAGUGCUACCAGGGGCAAAGGAGUUGUUUUUUGGCACCCUCUCUGCUCUGAGACACCCCAGGAGUUGGUUUCCUUUCUUUACCCAGGAAGGAUUCUAGAAACCUGAAAAACUGGAAACAUAAAGAGGCUAAAACUGAGGAAAGCUAACCACAAGAAAGUUUUUAUAAAGAACCAUUACAUUUAAUUGUUUGAAGCAGAAAAAAGAAUGAGUCUCCUCAAAGAACGUAAACCAAAGAAGCCUCAUUACAUCCCAAGACCACCAGGAAAGCCGUUUAAGUACAAGUGCUUUCAGUGCCCCUUCACUUGCAAUGAGAAAUCCCAUCUUUUUAACCACAUGAAGUAUGGCCUCUGCAAAAACUCCAUCACUUUAGUAUCAGAGCAGGAUCGUGUCAUCAAGUGUCCAAAGACCAGCUCCUUGGAACCCAAACAGAUCAAUCAGCUUGAAUCUACAGUCAAACCAACUUCUUCUAAAUCUGUCACAAAUGGACUGUCAAGUCUUGAUUCAAAGCCUCAAUACUCUUUCACCAAAGAAGAUGCCAAGGAAAAUGUUGAAUUACAAAACCAGACAAACACAGCAAUUCAAGGACAAAAACCUGGGAUCCAGAAGGAAUUAACCCCAGCCAGCACUACAACAGAAAGCACUAUCAGCAUGCAGCCGCUUUUGGACAGCAUUGGAAGGCCCUCAGCUUUUGUUCCUGUAGGAGAGCACAGAGAUAGUAAAGGCCCAGAAACCAGUGAAGUAUCUGAAAUGAUAUCACUCCCUAACAAAAGUUCACCUUUUCACACUAAGUCUGCAUUUCAUGCACCAAGUCACCCAUGGAAAGCUGGUUCUCCCUUCCUCCCAGAGUUUCCACAUAAAGUUGCUCCUACAAAAGGCUUUGGUUCCAUUUCACCGUACAUGCAACCGAUGAUUCCCGACUACUCACCCCAUUUUUAUGAGCACAGGCUGGCUAUCUACACACCUUACUUGCUUCCAGGUAACUCAGAGUGUGAAAGCUCUGCUCUCUCUGUCUAUGGCACACAAGAGCAAAGACACUUUCUUCCCCACCCUGGGCCACUUCCAAAACCUAUAAAUCCAUCAGCAUAUGAACACUAUCGACUGUUCCAACAGUAUCAUUCCACUCCUCCAUUAACAUAUGGAUUUUGUAGGCCAACAGAUCCUUCAUUUUACAGAUUUUCACACGUAGCUGGCAUUAACAGAGAUCAAAGUUCUCAUCUAAUGGAAGAAACCACCUUGCUGUAUCCAGCUUCUUUAAGCCCAUCUCAGCAAUACCCUCUAAGCUCACACAAAAAGCAAGCUGAUUAUGAAAAAGAAAUUACAUUACCGCAUGCCAAAAGUCAUGGCAAAGAUGACCAAAAUGAAAGAGAGAAUGCUAAAAUGAGCCCUCUUGCAGGAAGCGCAGCCACAGGCUCCCCUGGCAGACCUAGCCCAACCAACUUCACUCAGACAAGCCAGGCAUGUGAAGGCUUAUUUGACCUCUCUAACAAGUCGUCUUCCACGUCUCUUGGCAAGUAUGAUCAACCAGAGGAAAACGUCACGGCUUUCAGACCUGUGAGAAAAAGCACUGAUCAACCAACUCCACUUCAAAGCAUGCAAGUCCAGCAGGAGAGAGGAGAUUCACCUACCAGCAUUAAUGUCACUGAUGAAGAUUGCCAUACACAGAACGAAUGCCACAACAAUGAAGGCUCACCGUCGAACACGGAAGAUGACACGAGGAUAGCUCCACUCAAUCUGUCAAAGAAAGCUGACACAAACCCAGGACCUGUUCACGAGCAUGCAUACAAACCCUCAGCCAAAACAGAAAGUCAGAACUUCCUAGAAUUGCAAGAUAUGCCUCUCAAUCUCUCAGUAAAAGAUUCCUGUAACACAGCAGGCCUGAAAACAUCAUUCCACAGUCCACCUCAUGAUACUGGUGCUGCUAUUUCUCCAAAAACUGAAAAUGAAACCUCUGGAGCAGAUGCAUGUAACCCCAAGAACCCUACUAACAGUGCCUGCAACAAAUCCUCCUUUGCAGCUCACAGUAAUGAAGCUCAAGAUUUAAGAAUAAUGGACAAUUGUGAUGAGCAGAAACAAACAGCAGCUGUAGCACUCUGCCAGCUGGCUGCCUACAGCCCCAGCACAGUCAGAAUGGACAAUGAAGGGCAGAGUCCUCAGGACAGUAAUGCUUCAUGCACAGAAGCUACUAUUAAUUCUUCUGACACUCAGGAUACCCAGUGCAAUCAAAAAGUAAAAGGGCAAAAAAGGACAAGUCAAAAAGAGUCAGCAAAAUCACAGCAAGGCAGUAAAAGGGUGAGGCCAAAUGACUGUAGCAGAGUCUUCACUUUAAGGAAGAGAACAAGAGUAUCUUAAUACUUCACUUUCCAACAAGUUUCUGGUCACAGAAGCCAGUCAGCAGCAACAUAAGAUUUCUGCAAAUCACCUCUUAUUGAGUUUGGUGCCCAACAAGACACAUUCAGUCUCUCCCAUGUAAAUAAUGUUCAUAAUUUUAUAUUAAUAUUUUGAAGUAACUGAACUUUCUCUUGUAUAACCUCAGAUUUUGAUGAGUGAAUUUUUGCAGUCAUUGCUAAAGCUGAAGUAUCUUAGAUAAAAUCUUUAUGAUUUUUGCAAUUGUAUUAAUGUAAAAUAACUUUUACAGCUUCUUUUCUUAAAAGAUGUUUAAGCUCUAGAAACAAUAUUGGUCAAAAAAUACUGUCAUAGCUUUUUUCCAGGCUUAAUUUCAUUUAAAAGGGGGACUUUCUAUCUUUUAAAACACUUUCUAUUUCGCUGUGCUGUAGUUUAAAUAAGCUUAAGAUUAAAUCUAUUUAGAAUUUGCUGUAAAAACUGUUUUGUGUAUGAAUGCACUUUGCCACUAUGCCAUAAUGCAAAACAAUAGACCAAGUUUUGUUACUCAGAGGCAGACACCAGCUUAAACAAACUUCUAUAUGCAAGCUUCUCUUAUGUUGACCAAGAAGAAGGUGUAAGUUAAAGGAAAGAAUCCUGCACCAGUUUAACAAAUGCAGUUUAGGUUCACCUUUAACUGAACCACUAUGAAAACAACACUGAAAACGUAAAGAUCUAAAGAGUUUAGGUGUCUAGUCCUCUGAGGUUAAACAGACACUGGGCAACCUUCAAACUCCAAGCCUAAAAGGUUAUUUAUAUAAUUUAUUUCACCUGAGGCAGGUCUUAUUUUAGCAUUCAUGUAUCACCAAUGAUCAGUUUCAGUGUCCUGCAUACAUCCUAAAUCUAUUUUCUGCUUCGAUGACUGUGUAUAUAAACUUGCAGUUUUUCAAAUAAAUCUCUGACCUGUACACAAAA